GACGACCCAUACGACAUUGGCGCGCGGAUUGUGAGGGGCUCUCUCCGGAGGGCACGGGUAUUUCGGGACCGCCAGAAUCCGCUGGCGUACCCGGACGAUGUACUCCACGAAAGAUAUAGAUUUUCAGCUGAGGGACUACGUUACCUGUGCCAGCUGAUCGAGGCGGACAUAACUAAUGUAACCCGCCGAAGUCAAGCCUUCACAACCGCGCAAACUGUGUGCCUGUCCUUGCGCUAUUUUGCCAGCGGACAAUAUAUGUAUUCCAUUGGUGAUGCUGAACAUCUGAGUAAGAACACUGUAUGCCGUGCAAUUCGGAAAGUGGUACUUGCUCUUGCUAAACUGGUGGAUGCAUUUGUCGUGUUCCCUGGCCAUCUAACUGCACUUCAAAUCAAAGAAGGCUUCUAUGCAAUCGCGGGUUUCCCAAGAGUAAUAGGAGUCAUUGAUUGCACCCACAUCCCCAUUAGUGCAUCCCUGGGAGAGCAUGAGGGGGAUUUUGUGAACAGGAAGUCCCAACAUACCAUAAAUGUGCAGAUGACAUGUGAUCACCAGUACAUGGUAACAAGUUUGGAUGCAAGAUGGCCAGGGUCUGUACAUGAUGCUCGCAUUUUCCGGGAAUCACUACUUUCACAGGGAUUCCAAGAAGGGCGUUUUGAUGGAUUACUGCUGGGGGACCGUGGCUACCCAUGUCAGAAACACCUGAUGACACCAUUUGCAGACCCCCAAUCAAAGGCUCAGAGAACCUUCAACCAUGCCCACAGUGUCACCAGGGUCAGAAUGGAGAAUACAUUUGGCAUUUUGAAGGCCCGAUUUUCAUGUCUUAAAGGCCUUCGCGUGAAGCCUGCGAGGGCCUGCCAGACAAUAGCAGCAUGUGUGGUACUGCACAAUAUAGCCACAAUAAGGAAAGAGAGAGUACCAGUUCACAAUCCUCUCCCCCCAGAUGUCACUGACCCCAUGACCCUUGACCAUCCCACAGGACGUGCAGUGAGGGAUGCAAUUGCCGAACAAUUCUUCAAUUAA